AUCUCCGGGAGCGUUACAACCACCAGCAGCGCGAUUACGAGCGCCGUCUCUGGUAACGCCACGAUCACGACUAGCGCGGUCAACGGGACCACGACGUCGACGUCGACGAACGGUACCGUGAUCAGCCUUCCGUCAAUCACGUCGACGUCGGUGGCUACCACGAAUCUCACCACGUCGCACGUGCUCACGUCCACGCCGUCGGUAGACUCGCAGUUCACGUUCGUCACCGGCACUUCGCUCGCCGUCGCCUCGACCCCCUCGGAGUCCACCCUUACCACGACUGCGACGGACCCCGACACGCCGUCGACCACCUUCACGUUGCAGCCGUCGUCAGCUAGCCCGAGCCAGGCUGCCCUCCCGUCUGACCUCCCGAACCAGAUCUUCCCGGCGGCCGGCUCGCACCCUGGUGACCCUGACCUCGACGGGUACACGCAGAUUUCGCUGCUGUUCGACGCGGCGCUGAACUGGGAGUUCGUCCUCACCAACCCGAAUUCGUCGGCGCAGAUCUUCGCGUGGAUGUCGCCCAUUCUCCAAGCUUCGCUCGACUUGACGGCGGAACAGGUGAAGACGUACCAGCUCCACGUGUACGUUCCGGCCGACUACACGGGCCCUUCGGACGUCGACCUCCUGCAAACGAUGUACCUCGGGUGGAUCCCGACGGGCGCGGUCGACACGCUCGCCCAGCAGCUCAAGGUCACCUCGUCGGCGUUCUACACCGCCCUCAACUCGCCGUACAGCGACCUCGCCAAGCACGUCGUCUCGAGCUUCCCCGUCGAGAACGCGCCCGGUUCGACCGACGGCAGCUCGGGCAGCAACGACUCGGGCAGCGGCCACGCGUCGAGCGGCAGCUCGUCGUCCAAGACCCGCGAGGACGCCAUCAUCGGCGUCGUCACCUCGCUCGGCGCGAUCACGCUCCUCAUCCUUGCGUUCCUCGUCUACCGCGCCAUCAAGCAGCGCCGCGAGCUCGCGCACCGCAGGCUCUCGGACCCGCACCAGACCGAAUUCAUCGGCGCGCCUCCGGAGGAGGACCACGAGUUCGACCGCGACUCGGUCGGCGGCCAGCGCCGGCGCUCGUUCUACUACGCGGCGGACUCGCUCCGCGGGCUCGGGGACCACGGCGCCGCCGCUGCGUCGGGCGCUGCUGCUGAGGAUCCGUUCAACCCGAGCAUGCGGGAGCGUCGGCCUGUGAUCGGCACGCCGAUCCUCCGGGACAACACGAUGAACUGGUAG